AUGCUUGCCCUUGAUAGUAUCCCUUCCAUUGGAGACGCUAUUGACGACGCUAGUGUGCCUGGACUGGACACCUUCGUCGGGCGUAUCCUCGAUGAACGUGGGUACACUGGGGAGUUUCGUGGUCCCAACGUGCCUACUUGGAAGGUGGGCAGAGUUGUCCACGUUCUCGGAAGCCCACCCAAGACCGACGCUUUGGCUGACACCACUAGCUAUCGCAACUACAUUAUCGCUAGCGAUAAGUGUGUCAAUGUUAGGCUUGGCCGUUCUGUUGAAGGAUUGUACAACAUUGUGCAAUCGUCUUCAGCCAUGGGUGUGGAAGUGGGCGCGGACACCGGUAGGAUUAGCGCCAUUACAACGCGCUACAACUUAAGGGCCCCCAUUGAAGCGGGGGUGGCCGUGGAGCGCCUCUCUUCGACUGGGGAGUCGAAGAUGUCCGCCGAGAGCGCUACUAGGCAGCUGGGGCUCGUCAGCGAAUCCAGUACAGCUUACAUCUGGACCGGAGUUAGCCUCAACUAUUUAACAUGCAUCAUGGGCAACGGCGAGGCUGCUCUCGGGCUUGAAUGGCGUGCCAUCUUACCCGAAGUGGACCGCUGGACCUACGAAAAUCAUUUGAGGCAAGUUUCGGCUCACGCUGAAGACCUGAUGAGUGGGAGGAUGGUUAUGCUCCAUCUAACCCGCUCGGAAUACGAGAUUUGUGGUGGUAUUAUGAAAGUGCUCUUUGCAAGUCGGCCCUUCGAGACUGAUUUCAAUGGAAGAGAGAUACUACCGCAACGCGUGAGCUGGAGUCCUCCUCGCUUAGCAUUGAUACUCAACGAUCAGCCAACAGGCGUGGUUUUACCAGCCGUACCUGUGUUGGCUGGGUACGACCCACAGGAGCUCGGAGAAGUUGGACCCAUAUCUGUUAAGACAUGGGACAUCUGUAAUAUUCACGAAGGUCAGAGGCAAGAAGCUCAGUGA